AUGUCCAAGAUGUCGCGUUCUGACUUCAGUGUCAAGCACUACGCUGGCAAGGUGAAGUACCAGACAGAGGAUUUUCUGGUCAAGAAUCUCGACGCCCUGGUGCCAGAGCAUGAGGAGCUGCUUGCUCUCUCCCACUCUGCAGCCUUGCGCGCAUUGAACAGUUGCUCUUUCUCCCACUGUGAAGUACCAGCAGAGGAGUUUCUGGUGGAGAACCUCGAUGCACUGGUGAAGUACCAGGCAGAAGAGUUUUUGGUGAAGAAUCUCGACGCCCUGGUGCCAGAGCAUGAAGAGCUGCUGGCGCGCUCCCACUCUGAACCGUGUGUGCCUUGCCCUUUGCUCGUUUCUUCCUGCCCACUGCCCGUUCUCCUCCUCUACCCCCGUCCACUGCAGGUGAAGUACCAGGCAGAAGAGUUUCUGGUGGAGAAUCUCGACGCCCUGGUGCCAGAGCACGAGGAGCUGCUGUCUAGGCUAACGUGUGUAUAUGUGAAGUACCAGGCAGAGGAGUUUCUAGUGAAGAACCUCGAUGCAAUAGUACCGGAGCACGAAGAGCUGCUGGCGCGCUCCCACUCUGCCUUUGUGCCUUGCUCCUGUGUGAAGUACCAGGCAGAAGAGUUUAUAGUGAAGAACCUCGACGCACUAGUACCGGAGCAUGAGGAGCUGCUGGCGCGCUCCCACUCUGCCUUUGUGCGAACGCUCUUCCCACCGCCCGAGACCGGCAAGGCAGUGAAGGCUGUGUCCCUGGGGAAGCGGUUCAAGGAGCAACUGGGCGAGUUGAUGCGAACGCUCAAUGCAACCGAACCUCACUACGUGCGGUGUGUGAAGCCCAACAAGGACCUCAAGCCACAGAAGUUCUCCAACACGCUCGUGGUGGAGCAGUUGCGAUCAGGGGGUGUGCUAGAGGCAGUGCGCCUGUGCUCUACAGGUUACCCGGCUCGGCGCACGUUUGAAGACUUUGAGGCGCGGUUCAGCCCGCUGCUGCCAAAUCGGCAAGACCAAGGUGCUUAUGAAGGGCAUGCAGCUGGUGACGCUCGAGUCGCUCCAUCUCGACCGCAUGAACCUCGCUGCCACCCAGAUCCAGCGGGCCGUGCGGCGAUUCCAGUGGAUUAUGGAACACACACCCACUCACUCCAUCCCCUCCCUUCCCCCUCUCUUACUCUCUCUUUUCCCCCUUUCACCUCCCUCGUCCCCGCCUCCUUUCCCCAUUCUUCCCCCCUCUUCCAUGCCCCACCCCCCUCCCAGGUCGGCAAGACAAAGGUGUUUAUGAAGGGGGUGCAGCUGGUUACCCUCGAGUCGCUCCGUCUCGACCGCAUGAGCCUCGCUGCCACCAAGAUCCAGCGGGCUGUGCGGCGAUUCCUGUGGAAGCAGGAGCGCGUGCGGGCUGCGAUUGUCAUUCAGAAGCACUGGAAAGCCUACCGAGCCAGGAAGCUGCUGAAGGAGUUGAGGGAGGACGCAGCAGCCCUGGUCAUUCAGAAGCACGUGCGGCGAUUCCUUCUGGAGAAGCGCUUCUGGGAGCUCAAGUUUGCAGCGAUUGUGAUUCAGAAACACGUGCGCAUGCAGCAAGCAAGGAAGCGGUAUAUUCUGCUGAGGAGGACUCUGGCCACCAUCGUCAUUCAGUGUCUUGGGCAUUGUGUGCUGUGUCUAGAGGCUCUUAUACGUGACUGUGAUUCAGAAGAGCGUGCGCUGCGCAUGCAGCAGGAAAGGACGUGGUAUCUUCUCUCCCAACCCCAAACCACCUUUCCCACCCAAACCCCUCCCCCGCCUCCCACCUGCAGCGGUACUGGCGGGGGCACAGGGCGCGCAAGCCAUGGGGUGCCAUGCAGCAGGAAAGGACGUGUUAUAUUCUCUCCCAACCCCAAACCACCUUUCCCUCCCACCCAAACCCCUCCCCCAUCUCCCACCUGCAGGGAGUUUUUGAGAAUUCUCAAAAACUCCCUGCAACGGGCGCUGCGCAUGCAGCAGGAAAGGACGUGGUAUAUUCUCUCCCAACCCCAAACCACCUUUCCCACCCACCCAAACCCCUCCCCCAUCUCCCACCUCCCAUCUGCAGCGCUACUGGCGAGGGUACAGGGUACUCAAGCCGUGUUGCGCCAUGCGGUGCAAGUGAAGGUGAAGUCUUUACCUCAUCCCUUCUUUCUCCACGUGCCCGCACCUUCCCUCUCACCCCACCCCCUUCCUCAUCACCCACCUGCAGCGGUACUGGCGGGGGCACAGGGUGCGCAAGCCGUGGGGCGCCAUGCGGUGCAAGUGAAGGUGAAGUCUUCUUUACCUCAUCCCUUCUUUCUCCACGUCCCCGCACCUUCCCUUUCACCCCACCCCCUUCCUCAUCACCCACCUGCAGCGGUACUGGCGGGGGCACAGGGUGCGCAAGCCGUGUUGCGCCAUGCGGUGCAAGUGAAGGUGAAGUCUUCUUUACCUCAUCCCUUCUUUCUCCACGUGCCCGCACCUUCCCUCUCACCCCACCCCCUUCCUCAUCACCCACCUGCAGCGGUACUGGCGGGGGCACAGGGUGCGCAAGCCGUGUUGCGCCAUGCGGUGCAAGUGAAGGUGAAGUCUUUACCUCAUCCCUUCUUUCUCCACGUGCCUGCACCUUCCCUCUCACCCCACCCCCUUCCUCAUCACCCACCUGCAGCGGUACUGGCGAGGGCACAGGGUGCGCAAGCCGUGGGGCGCCAUGCGGUGCAAGUGAAGGUGAAGUCUUCUUUACCUCAUCCCUUCUUUCUCCACGUCCCCGCACCUUCCCUUUCACCCCACCCCCUUCCUCAUCACCCACCUGCAGCGGUACUGGCGGGGGCACAGGGUGCGCAAGCCGUGUUGCGCCAUGCGGUGCAAGUGAAGGUGAAGUCUUCUUUACCUCAUCCCUUCUUUCUCCACGUGCCCGCACCUUCCCUCUCACCCCACCCCCUUCCUCAUCACCCACCUGCAGCGGUACUGGCGGGGGCACAGGGUGCGCAAGCCGUGUUGCGCCAUGCGGUGCAAGUGAAGGUGAAGUCUUCUUUACCUCAUCCCUUCUUUCUCCACGUGCCCGCACCUUCCCUCUCACCCCACCCCCUUCCUCAUCACCCACCUGCAGCGGUACUGGCGGGGGCACAGGGUGCGCAAGCCGUGUUGCGCCAUGCGGUGCAAGUGAAGGUGAAGUCUUCUUUACCUCAUCCCUUCUUUCUCCACGUGCCCGCACCUUCCCUCUCACCCCACCCCCUUCCUCAUCACCCACCUGCAGCGGUACUGGCGGGGGCACAGGGUGCGCAAGCCGUGGGGCGCCAUGAGGAGGGUGCUACAAGUGAAGGUGGCUCGGAUGAGACUGAAGAAGAUGAAGGAGCCAAGGUGGAAGCUACCAUGGACGAGCUGCGCUUCACCGUGCUGCGCCGCCUUAGGCAACGUGAGGAGCAGAAGCGGCACGAGGCAGAGGAGUCAGUAAAGCGCCUCACCCACGAGAUGGCAACUCUCAACCACGAACGGUUCUCUCCCUAUUCUGCCUUCAAAAUCCCCCUCCUGCCCCCUCCCUUCCCUCCUUCCACACAGCAACGCGAGGAGCAGAAGCGGCAGGAAGCAGAGGAGUCAGUAAAGCGCCUCACCCACGAGAUGGCAACACUCAACCAUAUGAACUUUUCCCCCCCUCUCCUACCCUCCCAUUUUUCCUCGUUUUGGGUCACUCAGCAACGCGAGGAGCAGAAGCGGCACGAGGCAGAGGAGUCAGUAAAGCGCCUCACCCACGAGAUGGCAACACUCAACCAUAUGAACUUUUCCCCCCCUCUCCUACCCUCCCAUUUUUCCUCGUUUUGGGUCACUCAGCAACGCGAGGAGCAGAAGCGGCACGAGGCAGAGGAGUCAGUAAAGCGCCUCACCCACGAGAUGGCAACUCUCAACCACGAAAUAUCUCAGCUAAAAGCGGCUCUUAACAAAGAGAAGCACCGGGCGGAGAAAGCCGAGGAGCUCCUGAGGCACGUCCCUCGCAGCGUGCUGCAGCAGACAGUCGCCCACCAGGGCUUCCCCCGUGCCUUUCCCGAACGGGGGGAAGGAGCGGGAAGAGGGGAAGGGGGGGGAGGGGGAGGUGAGGCUACUGGGAGUGUGUUGUCUGCAGCAGCAGCGGUGCUUAGUGGCGGGCAUAGCAGCAGCACUGUGGGAGGACCAACAGAGCAUUCCACAGAGCAUCCUGAGUUGAGAAUCCCGGCUGCUCGAAGCAAAUUCGGCGGGGGAUCAGUGCCUGCUUCUCGCUCUCUCCGACCCAGCCCGAGCUCCAGAAUCACGCCUUCUUUCUCCCCUUCCUCCCUGUCGGGAAGUCAAGCGGUUGGGCGCGGUUCAGUGGUUAAGCCGCCGCCUUCUCGAGGUCCUAGUGUGGGCGGCAGCAGUGUUGGUGGUCCCGGCUGUAGCGGCGACAGGAUGCACAGCCCGCUACAGCCGAGCCCAGAGCUGCAGUUUGCUGCUGGUGGCGAGCAGACCAGGAGCCUAAGUGCUGCUGGUGAUGAUGGUUCUGGUGAUGGUGCUGCCGGUGGUUCUGCAGUUGCCACUGGUUCUGGUGACGUGGCUGGUGCUGAUGUGGCCGGUGCUGACGUGGCUGGUGCUGGUAAAAGCGGGCUGGGAGCAGACCUGGGCGGAGUGCGGCACUCGUGGAAAGUCCUCGCGACCCUGUCGAAUGAUGACGUGGCAGCUCCUGCUGCUGCUCCUGCUGCUGCUCCUGCUGCUGCUCCUGCUGCAGCUGAUGCUGAUUCUUCUCCUCCUCUUCCUCCUGCUGCUGCUGCUGCUGCUGCGUGGCAGCAGGCUUCCCAAGGCAGUCGCAGUACCUCGCAACUGGUCAGCAGCACCACCCGCAGCAACAGCCUGCAGAAAGCGCUAGCAGGGACAGGAAGCAUGUCUAUGAAAGAAGGCAGCCAUGUUUCCACUGCGGGGGAGGCUUCUGCUGCCAUGGGGAUCUUCAUGGUUGCUACAACUCGGGAGGAGGGCUUGGGAGGUUCGGGGGAGGGAGCAGAGGGCGGAGGAGGCGGAGGAGGAGGAGCAGGAGGAGCAGCAGCAGGAGGAGCGGAAGCAGGUGGGAAAAGCAGCAGCCCCUGGUCUCGCGUGCGUGCUCUGGCUCCCAAGAUUCUGCAAGUGGCUUCUGAAACUGGAGCAGGAGGCGGGGGGGGAGGAGGAGGAGCAGUAAGAGGAGCAGGAGGGAUGGGCAUGGGCAUGGGAGGGGGUCCAUCCUCGUCAUGGAGUGGCAUGUUUGCAGCUAUGGCGCGCAGUGUGGUACAGUUAGAGGAGCUUAGAGAAGAGGUGGUGGCGAUGAGAGGCGCGUUGGGGGAGACGGAGAGGAGGCUGCAGGAGGCGGAGGAGAGGGCGGAGAGGGCGGAAGGGGAGGUGCGGGAGAAGGGAGAGGAGGUGGAGGAGUUGAGGGGGCAGGUGGGCGUUCUUAUGGAGCGACUGAAAAGCAAGGACAACGACGUGCGCCAGCUGUCAGAAACCCUCUCGCAGCACCGCGCCCAAUCGGCCGCUGCUGCCGCCGCUGCUGCACAUUCUGCCGCACAUUCUGGAGGAGCAGGGGAUUCAGCGUCAGCGCUUGCAGUGUGGAGUGUGGCUCGAGUGGUGAGUGGGGAGGCGAGCGGGGAAAUGACUGAGAGUGCAUCAAGAUCGCUGGCUGCUAUUGAGUAUGAUGAUGCUUCCAUUGCUCGCAUCCAGGAAAACCCCCCGGUGAGUGCGUGCGUGCUGCUGUCUAUCUCAUGCCUGUUUCUCUCAUGUGUGGGUUUCUCUACUAAAGAGUACGACAGUGCUGCCAUCGCUCGCAUCCAAGAAAACCCCCAGGAGUCCGUUCUCAUCUUCCUCACCACGCAUAUCAUCGGUCUGAGUCCGUUCUCAUAUUCCUCACCACGCACAUCAUCGGCCUCUCUCCUCAAGGCCUUGCUGUUCAAGCGCAUGUCUCAUUUCGCGCUUUUCUUUCCCUCCCUCCCCCAGGAGUCCGUUCUCAUAUUCCUCACCACGCACAUCAUCGGCCUCUCUCCUCAAGGCCUCCCCCUGGCCGCCCCAGCCAUCUACCGCUCCCUCCUCCACUUUGGCGCCUUCCCCCCCGCCUCCUCCCCCUCCGCCCUCGCGCUCCUCUCCUCCACCAUCCGCCACCUGCAAGCCGCCAUCCUUCCCGAAGAGGAAACCCUUUCUAUUUCGGGAGAAGGGGUCGGGCCGGGUGGUGUGCUGGCUGUGAGGGUGAACGAGCAGUGCUACUGGCUGUCGAAUGUGGCAUGUCUGAUGUUGCUGGUUGAGGUGGUGUAUAAACCUGCUGCUGCUGCUGCUGCGGACAAACCCAAGCCUGCGGCUGGCUCCAACUGGUUCACAAACAUGUUUCAGGUGCGUUUCGAUUCGGGUAUGUUUCAGGUGUGUAGGCGUGUUGAAUGGGUGAACGAGCAGUGCUACUGGCUGUCGAAUGUGGCAUGUCUGAUGCUGCUGGUCGAGGUGGUGUAUAAACCUGCUGCUGCCGCUGCUGCUGCGGAUAAGCCCAAGCCUUCUGCUGGCUCCAACUGGUUUACGAACAUGUUCCAGGUGCGUUUCGGGUAUGUUUCAGGUGUGUUCGAAGGAGCAGUGCUACUGGUUGUUGAAUGUGAGUAUCUGAUGGUGCUGGUCGAGGCACCUUCGUUCAACGAUGCAACUCGGCAGCAGCAGCAGCAUCAACAGCAGCAGCAACCAGCGCUGGGCGCGGUUGAGUUCCUGGCCCCUUCAUUCAACGAUGCAACCCGUCAACAUCAGCAGCAUCAGCAGCAGCAGCAGCCAGCGCUCGGCGCAGUUGAGUUCUUGGUAUUCAAGCAGGAGCUCGCAGUGCUGCUGGACGAUGCCUUUCUGGAGCCCCCCGGGCUGCUCUGUGAAACUUCUACCCCGGCCCUUCAUUCAACGAGGCGACUCGUCAGCAGCAGGAGCUCUCAUCCCCGUUUCCCCUCCCCCGCCUGCCGCUUUGCCCACCAGGCCCCUUCGUUCAACGAUGCAUCAAGGCAGCAGCAACAGCAUCAAACGCAGCAGCAGCCAGCGCUGGGCGCGGUUGAGUUCCUCUUGUUCAAGCAGGAGCUCGCAGUGCUGCUGGACGAUGCCUUUCUCGAGCUCCGAGCUUCAGUCAACCUCGAACUGCAGACGCUGGUCUCGCUCCUAGCGCAGAGCCCCAUGGCCAACGCGCAGCACAUGCGGGAGUUCUGGGCGGCGGCGCUCGUCUCGUUGCGGAGUGCGGUGGGGUGCAUGCAAGCCAACCGCGUGCCGACCGUGUUGGCCCGCCACCUGCUGUGGCAGGUGCUGCACUUCCUUGAUGUGCGCCUCUUCAACGGCCUCAUGCUGCGCAGCCACUGGUGCCCAAUCACUCUCGCCAACGGGGAGGCCAUGGAGCAAGGGUUGCAGGCACUGGAAGCAUGGCUCUCAGAGCACGUGCACCCAUGGCUGGACGGAGCAGCAGCGGGCAUGGGCAUGAGCAGGAGCGUGGGGAGCCUCGGAGCGGGCACUGCUGCUGGAAGCGUGGGAGGGGGGUCGCGGGCGCAGCUGAUAGACGCCCUGCAGCACACGUACCAGGCAGUGGUGCUGCUGACCUCAAAGCAAAAAGCUCGGAAGACCAUGGAGGAGGUGGUGUCCAUGUGUCCCUCGCUCAACUUCACGCAGCUCACCAUCCUGUGCUCGUGGUUCGAGGAUGAGGUGUAUGGCUCCAGAGGGUUCGACAGAGCAGUGCUGCAACAGCUGAGGGGAGCAGGGGAGGACUACGAAUCCGAAUUGCUAGAGGCCUUCGAAGGGUGA